AUGCAAAAUAGCCCUUAUAUAAAUAUAACCAAGCCGAUCUACGAGUGGAUAUUGCCUUUUUUUUCAUCGGCGAUCUUUCAUGGAGUUGCCGAAGCCAGAAAAUCUGCUAAUGCAAUCCGCAGAAUUACAUCAGAUCAAGGUGUGGAUCUAUUUCGAACAAGUGAUAUCCAAGAAGAAGCCAUUCGUUACUUCUCCAACCUGUUUCAGUUUUCACCGGUGAACCACACUCGAGCCUCUAUCUCAUCCCUUCGCUCUUUUAUCGACUUCAGAUGCUCCAACGAGAUGCAAGCGAAUCUUCUGCAACAGGUUACUACGGAGGAGAUUCCAAAUUGUCUUUUCAGCAUGCCGCUCGACAAAUCCCCUGGCUCGGAUGGUUUUCCAGCUGACUUUUACAGAUUAACUUGGGAUAUUGUUGGCCCGGACUUUGUUGUUCAAACUAAAAGAAAGAACGCUAAUCAAAUUCUUGUUAUUAAAGGUCCGAUCUGA